AUGUGGGCCGGCGGCGAGGUCGUCUUCCACCCCGGCUGGGGGGACAAGCUCGUCCUGGACGGGCGCCCGUGGUCCUGCGACGAGCGCAUCGGCGAGGUGGUCCUCCGCAACGACAAGGUCUUUGUCGACGUGUGGCGGCGGUACGGCCUCGGGCACGGCGAUCCCGGCGCACGCCCCCGGUGGGACAUUGAGGAGCGCCGCACGCUGGUGUUUCUCAAGAGCGCCGUCGCGCCGAGCACGAGGCUCAUCCGGCACGGCCACAGGGACCUCCUGGUCCACGGGCCGCUGACCCUCGCGCUGAUGCUGGACGCGCUGCCGCCCGUCGCGAGCAUCUCGUACCGCAACUACGCGCCGCUGUACGUCAACGAGCGGCUGAGGGUGUGCGUGCGGCGGCCCGAGCGGCCCCGCAAGCCGUGGGAUGUGUGGGUGGAAGGGCCCGACGGCGGGUUGGCGGUAAAGGCGACGGCGGAAGUGCUGAGCUGA